AUGGAAGGAGCCAAAAGGCAAAGUUUGGAGGAAGACUCUGAAGGACAGGCCACACACACAGGACCCAAAGGAGUAAUAAGUGAUUGGAGAAAGUUUAAAUUGGAGAGUGAAGAUAAUAAUUCACUCCCACCUAGUAAGAAGGAGAUUCUCAGACAAAUGUCUUCUCCUCAGAGUGGAGAUGACAAAGACUCAAAAGAAAGAUUCAGCAGAAAGAUGAGCGUUCAAGAAUAUGAGCUAAUCCACAGAGAAAAAGAAGAUGAAAAUUGCCUUCGUAAAUACCGUAGGCAGUGUAUGCAGGAUAUGCACCAGAAGCUGAGUUUCGGGCCUAGAUAUGGGUUUGUCUAUGAGCUGGAAUCUGGGGAGCAAUUCCUGGAAACCAUUGAAAAGGAGCAGAAAACAAUCACAAUCAUUGUUCACAUUUAUGAAGAUGGUAUUAAGGGCUGUGAUGCUCUAAACAGUAGCUUAAUAUGCCUUGCAGCCGAAUACCCUACGGUCAAGUUUUGUAAAAUAAAAGCUUCUAAUACAGGUGCUGGGGACCGCUUUUCCUCAGAUGUACUCCCCACACUGCUCGUCUACAAAGGUGGGGAACUCAUAAGCAAUUUCAUUAGUGUUGCUGAACAGUUUGCCGAAGAAUUUUUUACUGGGGAUGUGGAAUCUUUCCUGAAUGAAUAUGGGUUAUUACCUGAAACAGAAAUGCAUGUCCUAGACCAGAGCAACAUGGAAGAAGAUAUGGAAUAA